AUGAGUAGUGUUUACAGCACACUGGAGGUCAACCAUGUGACUCCCGGGGUCACUGGACCGAGCACUCACAAGUUUACAGACAAUGAUGAAGUUGUCCUCUGUUGUUUGGGAUCCAAAGGAGAAGAUAUCAUCCAUCCUGGUCCAGUUAGGACUGGCGACAUUAACUACUCUUUUUUUGUUGGAUUACCCUAUUUGCAUACAACUCUAAAUUCUGAAGUCCUUCAAACAAGUGAAAUCGCUGCAGUUCUCGACCAACUUUUACAGGUUCCUCACUCCAACAUCAAAAAAAUAGACAGCUAUGAAUUGGACAGCCUUCUGCAUUUUCUCCUAUCUGGAAUUAGUGCUACCAGAGACUCACAAGAAUAUCAGAGAAAGUUGAAGACAUUACCUCUGUUUGAAACAGCACACGGUGAACGGCAGAGCAUCGAAGGGUGUAACAAAGUGUUCAUUCUGAAGACAUGCUUUGAAAUGAUCCCUGAUUUGUACUGUAUUGCUGCAAAUGGACACAUUGUCCUGAAUAACUCUUCUGUCAACCAGAAACUCUCAGUAACCCUGAAAAUAAGUGCCUUAACUGACCUAGAGUUCUAUGUGAAUUUCCUGCUGCCCAUAUUCCACACACUCACAGAAAAACAAGUUAUUGACUCAAUUUUCCUGCUGUUGGUUUUAAAGCAACACCAAACAUACAAGAAAUACAAGGACCAGAUUGUAGACCAACUAAGACGUGUUAGGUUUAUUAGAGACAUCCAGGGUACUCUUCAAUUGGCCUCCUACUUUUUUGAUGAGAAAGAGCCCCUUUACAAGAUCAUGCUUCCUCGAGAGAAAUUUGUACCACCAACAUUCUGGGAAGCAUUUGACCAUGAGGAAGGAUCAGUAAGACGGCUACUGAAGGAGCUUGGAAUGAAACACAUUGUUUCAGAUGUUGAGAUUAUACGGUUCGCAAACAUGAUUGAGUCAGAAGCACGUGGCAGGACCUCAAUUGAUGAGCUGAAGAAGAAGUCUUCUGCAUUAUUCAUUAAGGCUUUGGAGUACAAUGCCACAAAAAAGGACUCUAACUUGUUGAAAAGGAUUGCAACCAUCAAGUUUGUCUUUCCUUUGAAAAUUCAGAAAAAACUGUGUAAUUACCACCAACCGUUUGCUGGUGAAAGAGAUGUGGUUGCAAUCACAGAGUCUUUGAUUGACACAAACUCUGAUCAUCAGUAUCUCAUUUGGUCUUCCACACCAAUUCUACCCACAGACAAACUUAAUCAAUCUUAUCUCAAAGAUUUGGUUAAAGCAGGAGCCUUUCAUCAGCCACCCUGUGAGUUAGUGGCCCAGAACCUGAAAAACAUCUGUCAGUCAGAAUGCCCAAACAUUCAUUUGAGAAACAUCAGAAAAACAGCAUUUUGCCAAUCAUAUGCAUACUUACAAUCAAAGAAUUUCAGGGCAUCUGAGCUUCAAGACCUGCCAGUGGUUCUUGUUGAAAAUGAUGCUAUUCUUGUGCAAGCCAGUCGAGCAGUGCUUAGUCUUGAUAAUGACCUUGAGUUUAGGCCAUAUCUGUAUAAAAUCAGUCCACAGCAUGCACUAUAUGCUGAAUUCUUUGAAGGGAUCGGUGUGAAGGAGAGACCCACAAUAAGGCAGUACAGCAUAGUCCUCAAGGACAUUUAUAUGGACAGCAAAGGAAAGGAAACUCUUAAUGCAAAUCAGCAGUUAACCGUCAAACGUGCUGUGCAGCACUUGUUUAAACUAAUUGCUGAUCAACCAAAACAAAUGCAAUUUCCAAAGCACUUGUAUCUACCAUCAACAGAUGGCAAACUGUACAAAUCCCAAGACCUCUACUUCAAUGAUACUGUCUACCAGACAAAAAGACUGGAAGACUCACUGAAAGACAAAUUCAGACUCCUAAUGAACCUGGGUGACUGUCACCUAGGAGAGGACCCAUAUAAACAUCAGAAGAUGCUGCAGUUGUUGCCUAAAGACAAUCGACCAACAAUGUUGUCUCAUAUCACCUCUGAAAGCCUUGUGGGUUCUAGGAUGAACCAGUGUGAAUAUGGAAAAAGCUGUGAGUUCAGUGGUUGGUUUGAGAAACAUUUAUCCUCCAGUCCAUUUUUACAUGGUCUCACAUGUUUGAUCAGAGAACAAAGUAAAGGUGAUGUGUCUCAAGCUGAUGCUGUUGAACUAUGCCAGAAUACCUUUGGAAGACUUCAAAUAAUUUGCUGUGAAAACCUUGAGACAGAGCUUCUCUUACAUCAUGAGCCACUUGCUCACACCACUUCUGAAACACAAGUGUAUGUGACAAAAGAGCCACAGGGCUGCACAUUCUACCUGAGACACAGUGAUGAUAGGGGCUUUAGGGUAAUGCAUGAGGUGGCUAUGACACUAACCAAAGAAAUCAAUUCCUUGCUGCGGAAUGCUUUACACCCAAACAGUCUUCUGGGUUUGGGUGAGCUUUUGUUAUGUGAUACACAGGAAGAAGUUGAGAAGACACUCGAAAAAUAUGGAAUCCGUAACAGUGCCAUCAAAGUAGCACUUCAUCAUCCAGACCCAGGGAGUCUAAUACCAGAGGAAUGUUAUGAUGUUCUUGACAUGAACUUUAUGAACAAUUAUGAAAGAGGCGAGUAUGUUGGCUUCAAAAAGACAUCAGAGGAUGAACACUAUUACCAUGCAGUGAUUGUUGAGCGUUUGGCUGCAUUGCAUGAAACAGGCCAAUAUUGUUGUAGAUAUAAAAUAGAAAUUGGAAAGGAUGAGUUUGUUGAGGUAAGCUCCCUUGAUCUUUACCAGUUUAAACGUGAAAAAACAUCUGCUUCAAAGCAAAGCGUUUGUAGAACAAUACAGCUGGUGGAUGGACCUGUGCCAUCACCUGAGGAAGACUUCCCGGAGACGUUUGAAGAAAUCAAAAGGGAAAUUGAUAAGUACCUGACAGAAAUCAGGACUCUGUCGAAAGAUGAGCAAGCCAAAGCCAUCAGACGCCUGUAUCUCCGGUGGCACCCAGACAAAAACCCAGGGCAGGAAAAGCUCGCUAAUGAGGCUUUUAGGUACUUAAAAAACAAAAUUAGAGAAUUUGAGGCAAAUGAGACUGUUUCUAAAUCAACUACAAGGAAUUUCAGCAGACAAAAUGAGACUGCACAAUCCCAUUUCCCAUGGAAUUUUGAAAACUUCUACCCUCAGUGGAACACCGAAGCAACACGUCACCGUCAAGGUCGAGAGAGGUCCCACCACAACAGUACCAGACCCCAGAGUGAUUUUUGGGCAUUUCAGCAGGAAAUGCCAAGAUCAGACAAAGUGGAAGCUAAGCGCUGGUAUUUGCAAGCCCAGUGUGACCUUAAUGCUGCCCACAAUGACACAGGGGGAGUGACCACUGAGUGGUGUCUGUUCAAGGUUCAUCAGGCUGUGGAGAAGGCUCUGAUAGCAGUGGAGUACAGACGGAGUGGAAAACCCUCUCCCACCAGCUCCAUCUCUAACCUUGCUAAGAAGGUGUCAGGCUACAGCCCGGAGCUGAACACUUUGCCAGGCCUUGUGAGCCGAUUAAAACGUUUGGGUGUAGAUGGCAAAACAACUCAGUACCCCAACUACCAUGAUCCUCCUAAGAUUCCUAACAAUGCAUUCCAACCUGAAAAUGAAAAAGAGGCUCUUGAUAUCACAUUAGAACUUCUGCAGAAAGUGGAUUCAUAUGUAACAAACUGAUUAAAAAGUAGAGUUCUGUUUGUACUUUUUGUAAUUGUAUUGUUAUUCCUUCUUAAUUUUUAACAUCUUUGAAAUACUUUUUAUGGUUGUAUCAUGAUUCUGAUGUUCACUAUGUUCUUAUAUUCACUAUAUAAUAUAUCACAGACAUGAUUUAUCUGUGUAUGAAUGAAUUAUUACUGAAAAUAUUGUUGCUUAGAAUGACAGUUAGUAGUUAAUCACAAAGAAAAGUUAAGGGAAUGGUGAUUUGUUAUGAUUUAUUCAUCAUUUAUUAUGGUCAUAAUCUAUCUGUGGUUGUGUCUUUCUGAAAAUAUGCCUAGACUAUUAAUGAAUAGUUUAUCGCAUAAAAAAGAAGAGGAAACAUAUUGAAGUUAUACUACUUAAUAAAGUUUGCUUAAUGAAA